CAGACCGGAAAUAAACAGAUCGUGUAUACCGGAAGUUGACAGUGAGACAUCGAACAUUGACAGAUCAUUUCAAAGAUUGGCGUCAGCACUCCAUGAAGGAUUCAACUUACCGAAGCCAGAACUUUUGACAUUUGAUGGGAAGCCUGAAGGAUACUGCAAAUUUAUCAAAAACAUUUGAAACAAACAUUGAAAGCAGAAUAAGUGACAAUAAUUUAAAGCUAAGUUAUCUCAUUCAGUAUUGUACAGGUAAGGCAAAAUCUAGUAUAGAAGAUUGUGUUUUGUUAGAACCGGAAGAAGGUUAUAAACGUGCUAGGUCAAUAUUAUUGUCUAGAUUUGGCAGACCACAUUUAAUUGCAAGGUCUUACAUUGAUAACUUGGUAAAUGGUGCUCAGAUUAAAGCGUCCGAUGUUGAAGGGCUAUCUAAAUUAUCUUUAGAGAUGCAGAAAUGUGAAAUUACACUUUCUCAGUUAGGAUUUUCCUCUGAUAUUGAUAAUACAGAAAAUUUAAGAUGCAUUGUCAAGCGGCUCCCAACACAUAUAAGAGUAAAAUGGGUAGAAGUAGCACAUUAUAUAAAUGAGUCAGGUAGAGUGCCGCGCUUUUCAGAUUUGUCUAAAUUUGUAGACGAAAAAUCACGUAUCGCUAACUCCAUGUAUAGCUAUGAUCUUUGUAAAAACAAUGAUUUUAUCAAGAAAGAAACCAGAAACAGUUCUGGCAAAUAUUACAGUAAUGAUAGACCAAAGGUUACUACUCUGUGUACACAUACUGAAGAAAACGGUCAUGAAAGUAGUAAAUGCAUUUGUUGUUCAGGUAACUGUGCAGAGUUAUCACUGUGUAACAAGUUCAAGUCAAUGAGUCUCAAUGAUCGUUAUAAACUGGUAAGAUCACUUAAAUUGUGUUACAAUUGUUUAAAAGGUAAACAUUUUACAAACAAGUGUAGAAAACCAAAAAUAUGUAAUGUUACUAAUUGUAAUGUCAAACACCACAUUUUGUUACAUAGUUGGGUAAAACCCGAUAAUGGCCACACAGCAGUGCAGUCGUCGUGUAACUGUGCAGCAACAGAAGGUUCAACUGUAAAAAAUUGUCUGGGUAUUAUUCCUGUAAUAGUUAGGGGUGGGGACGGUAGUUCUUGUCAGACAUAUGCCCUGCUAGAUGAUGGGGCCGAUAAAACCUUAUGUGAUGAAAGAUUGUUACGGAGCCUGAAUAUAACCGGUAAGCCCGUCACAUUCCGGAUGUCUACGGCAAACUCACGUGAAGGUAUUAUACAUGGUCAGGAGGCCGACUUAGAUAUUCAACCUAUCGAUGGGAAUGAAAGUAUUACCCUAAGAAAAGUCUGGUCAGUAAAGUCAUUACCGAUAUCAACUCGAUCUGCAGCUAAAUAUGCAGAUAUCCGAAACUUACCGUACUUAUCCGGUAUAAAUAUUCCAGAUAUAGACACUAAUGACGUUAUGAUGUUAAUAGGGACGGAUUCACCUGUUGCACAUAUACCGCUAGAAGUGAAAUUCGGAAAUAGCGAUGAACCGUACGCGAUACGCACUCGUCUUGGAUGGGCUAUACGCGGUCCAGUCCCAACUAUGAAAGAAUCCAACGAUAUUAAUAUAAAUUUCUUUGAGUCACGUGACAUGUUGUUACAGCAACAAAUUGAGCGUUUGUGGACAACAGACUUUAAUGAUAAAUCACAAGUGAAGAGUUGCAUGUCUGUAGAAGAUAAAAAUGCUAUGAAAUCCAUGGAGUCAACAUUAACUCGCGAGGAUGGUCAUUACAAGCUUGGUCUUCCUUGGCGUGAUAGAAAUUCAUCAUUCGUAAAUAAUAUACCGCUUGCCCAAGCCAGAUUACAGCAGUUGAAGCGCAAGUUGUCAAAUGACAAUAAUUUGCAUGAUAUGUACAGAACUACUGUGAAUGAUUACAUUGCGAAUGGAUAUGCCUCUGAAGUGGAUCACAUUGUACCAGAAACAAAGCGGGUUUGGUAUUUGCCGCAUCAUCCCGUGAUAAAUGUUAACAAGCCGGGAAAAGUACGUGUAGUGUUUGAUUGUGCUGCUAAAUACAAAGGAAUGUCGCUUAACAGUCAACUUUUGCAAGGACCUGAUUUAAUGAACAGUCUAGUCGGUGUACUUAUAAAGUUUAGACAGGAACGAAUAGCAUUUAUUGCAGAUAUUGAAGCAAUGUUUCACCAAGUUCGUGUUAUCGAGGAAGAUCGUGAUGCUUUAAGGUUUCUCUGGUGGCCUAAUGGAGAAUUGGACAAGAUUCCUAAGCAAUAUCGCAUGAAUGUCCAUUUAUUUGGUGCUACAUCUUCUCCGAGUUGUGCUGCGUAUGCACUUAAAAGAACAGCGAAAGAUUUCUCGCAUCUGUUUAAACCGGAAGUUGCGCUGACAGUUGAGAAGAAUUUUUACGUUGAUGACUGUCUAAAGUCUGUCCCAUCUGAGCAGGAAGCUAUUGAUUUGGCUAUGAAUUUAAAGAAAAUGCUGUCUUUGGGAGGAUUUCGCUUAACAAAAUGGCUCAGUAACAGUAGAAAUGUUUUAAAGACAAUACCGGAAUCAGAUCUUGCCAAAUCGGUUGUCAGCUUAACCCCUGGUGAAAAAUGUAAUGACAAAGCAUUGGGUAUUAUUUGGGACGUAAACAAUGAUACAAUUAAGUACAAGGUUGACUUAAAAAGUAACCCUUCAACGAGGCGCGGGAUAUUAUCAACACUAAGUUCAAUAUUUGACCCUCUUGGACUUGUGUCGCCAAUAAUUCUGAAAGCAAAGUUCAUUAUUCAGAACUUGUGUAGAGAAAAGCUAGGCUGGGACGAGCAAAUUCCGGACAACUAUGAUGAAGAAUGGCAAAGUUGGUUACGUUUCCUGCCGCGAUUGGCGGACAUCACGAUAGAUCGAUGUUUCCUACCACCAGGAUUUGGAUCAGUAAUUAAUGCACAGUUGCAUAUUUUCAGUGACGGGUCGGAAGUAGGUUACGGCGCAUGCGCGUAUUUGAGACUCACUGACAACACGGGGAAUAUAACAUGCUGUCUCGUCAUGGGUAAAUCUCGUCUAGCCCCCAUAAAACAAAUAACUAUACCGAGACUGGAACUAUCUGGAGCUGUGGUCGCUUGUCGCUUAUAUCAAUGUCUUGCUGAGGAACUCGAUAUUAAGAUAGAUGAAGUUACGUUUUGGACGGAUUCGAUGAUACUACUAGGAUAUAUCAGAAAUACUUCAAGAAGAUUUAAAACGUUCGUCGGAAAUAGGCUUAGCAUCAUUCAUGAUACUACAAGUCCAAAUCAAUGGCACCAUAUUGAUUCAAGUUCAAAUCCAGCAGACAUAGCUUCAAGAGGUAUCAACGCUUCUGAGACAGACAAGUUAGAUGUUUGGCUGCAUGGACCAACAUUUCUUAGUAAAGGUAGGGAACACUGGCCUAAGUAUUCAGGUAAUAAUAUCCCGGAAGUGAGUGAAGAUGAUGUCGAGGUUAAGAGAGAAAUUGCUAUUAACGUUACCACUUGUGAUACUAUUGGGAAGAUAAUUGAAUACUACUCUGAUUGGUUCAAACUUAGACGUGCAGUGGCAUGGUUUUUGAGAUACAAGGAUUAUUGCAAACAGCGAUAUCUGCAUCAUGAUGUAGUGGUUGAAAAAGGUAAUCUCACCUUGUCUGAACUUAAGACAUCUUCUCACGCAGUUGUGAAAUACGUUCAGAUGGAAUGCUUUGCCGAUGAGGUAAUAAACUUGCAAAAAGGAACUAAUGUUAAAGGUGAAAGUCCGAUAGCUUCAUUAAAUCCAAUACUUAAAGAUGGUUUAAUACGUACAAAAGGACGCAUUAUUUACCAUGAUGAAACGAAAUGUCCAAUCAUUCUACCGAAACGGCAUCAUUUAACUACUUUAAUGAUACGUUUUUACCACGAAAGUCAAGGUCACGUCGGAGUACAACAAGUUUUAGCAGCUACACGAACAAGAUACUGGAUAAUAAAUGGACAUAGCGCUGUCAAACAGGUAGUAAGGAAUUAUGUACCAUGUAAACGCAAGAACAAUCCGCUUUGUAAGCAACAAAUGGGACCGUUACUUGAUGAGCAAAUCACACCAGAUAAACCACCGUUUUCAUUUAUCGGCAUAGACUUUUUUGGUCCUUUGAUGGUAAAAUCAGGAAAGUCACAAGUAAAGAGAUAUGGGUGUAUUUUUUCUUGUUUAAGGGCCGUCCAUUUAGAAGUUACUCAUAGUUUGAGUACAGAUUCGUUUAGCGCCGCAUUGCAACGAUUUAUUAGCCGGAGAGGUCUACCGGAAAAGGUAUAUAGUGACAACGGAACCAAUCUAGUAAGUGGAGAUUGUGAAUUACGCAAGUCCUUACGAGAUUGGAAUCAAUCCGAAAUUGGACAAUUCAUGUUGCAGCGGGAAAUCGAAUGGAACUUUAACCCUCCGUCAGCUAGUCACAUGGGCGGUAUAUGGGAACGGAUGAUACGAUCGACACGUGCAAUUUUGAGAUCGUUAGUCAAAGAGCAGCUUCUGACAGAUGAACAACUUCUUACUGUUGUAACUGAGGUUGAAAAAAUACUUAAUGAUAGACCCAUUACCCGAGUAAGCGAUGACCCAAAAGACCCCCCAGCUUUAACUCCAAGCAUGAUUUUAUUACUAAAGUCCAAUACAUGUAUUCCACGUGGCAUUUUUAGAAAAGAAGAUACAUAUGCAAAGAGAAGGUGGAGACAGGCUCAGUAUCUUGCUGAUAUAUUCUGGAAACGAUGGAUUCGGGAAUAUAUACCUACCCUACAAUAUCGACAAAAAUGGCUGAGACCACAAAGAGAUAUCCGUGAGGGCGAUAUUGUACUCGUGGCUCAGGAAAACAUACCAAGGGGCAGUGGCCGUUGGGCAGGGUUGAAUCUAUAAAUGUGGGUCUGGACGGGCAUACACGAAGCUGUGUGGUCAAAACUAGUAUGUCACAAUUCUUAAGACCAAUAACUAAACUUUGCCUACUAGAAUGUUCUAUUUAAGUAAAGGUAUACAUUACAAUAAGCUAUUGUUUGUAUAAGAUGAAAUCGUAACGUUUCAUGGUGGGGAGUGUAAGAAUUAUAGUUCUUAAUUGUAAAUUUAUUUAUUAUAAUCACAUAAUUUUCAUAGUUUGAUUUUUUCGAUAGUAUUUACUAUUAAAAACAUUGUUUGACUCUUUCAAUUUAACAUAGCUUCACUAUUUCCGCCAAACGUAACGUCUUAUUUUGUUUCCCGUAAAAAGACGUCAUUAAAUUGUUUUACGGUGACGUCAUUAACCGUUACUUUGAUAUGUUGUUUUGCCUUGGGCGGAAGUGCUUAAAUUGUUGAUGUGUUUUGUUUAUUGAUGUUUUCCAAUGGAAAGUAGAUCAUAAUCGAGAAUCGCAUUGUUGUAUCACAUUGAUAUAUUAUUCCAUGAAUGAGAAUAAAGAAAAGUGUUGAAAUCUGCGCAUUCUUGACUAUUUUUAACGGAAAACAUCUACAAUUCUCGAUUUAC